AUGUCUCCACCAGCCAGCGUUCAUGUGGAUUUCGAGUCCAAACAUCCCUCCGCCAUCAGGCGUAGGCUCUCCAGCGUCAGUUCGUCCCAAAAGCCCAAUGUCCAUGCAUUCUCUAGUCUCGCCUCCAUGUGGGCUGGUAUCGCUGGUAGUGUUGUGAACGGGGGCACAUCCUUCGAAAUUGCCAUCUCUGUCCACGAUUCCGUCUACAGCACCGACUUUGCGUCCGCUGUGGUCCCCUACACCCCCAACGACCCCGCGAAGACGGCUACAGACAUCGAGGUUCAUGUCUUACAGACUAUCAGGAGAUUUUCUACAGAGCAUCUGUGCAAGUUCCUUGGUGCUGGUGUCACCCUCACUCUCCUUAAAGAGUGCCCCAAUCUUUGCACCCGUUUGUGGAUGGAACUGGACGUAGUGCCAAUUGUGUUCAACAUCAAGCCUUUCCAUACAGACUCACUCACUCGUCCCAACGUCAAACAUCGUAUAUCUUCCACAACUGGUUCAUACGUUCCUUCUGGGACUGAUACCCCAACCGUAUAUGUGGACCCAUCUCCUCUUAUUCACCAGGACAACCUCCAGAGUGGCGUGACGACUAAGCUCCCCAUUCCGCGCACCCUUGAUGAGCAGGCCGAUUCUGCCGCCCGAAAAUGUAUCAUGUAUUAUGGUCCGAACAACAACCCACGUCUGAGCAUCGGCCCACGCAAUCAAGUCACAGUAGAUGCUGCUGGGAAAAUACAUCUCCUUGACGAUCUUGAGGAGUACAGGAAGACUGUCGGACAAGGCACUUGGAACGCGGUAAUCAAGCUUGCCGAUGAAUUGAGAGAAAAGAAAGUCAAAAUUGGCUUCUUUUCAUCCACUCCUCAGGGAGGAGGAGUUGCACUUAUGCGACAUGCUCUGAUCAGAUUUCUGACUGCUCUGGAUGUAGAUGUUGCCUGGUACGUGCCCAACCCGUCACCAAGUGUCUUCCGCACAACCAAGAACAACCACAACAUCCUUCAAGGCGUGGCGGCGCCCGACCUGCGUCUCACGCAAGAAGCCAAAGACCAAUUCGAUGCGUGGAUUCUCAAGAACGGUUUGAGGUGGACGGCUGAAGGUGGUCCCCUGGCUCCCGGUGGUGUAGAUGUUGCCUUCGUCGAUGACCCACAGAUGCCUGGUCUAAUUCCUUUGAUCAAGAAGGUUAGACCCGAGUUGCCUAUCGUAUAUCGCUCCCAUAUCGAGAUCCGGAGUGAUCUCGUGCAUGUCCAAGGUUCCCCUCAAGAGGAAGUCUGGAAGUACCUGUGGAACAACAUUCAGCUAGCCGACCUCUUCAUCAGCCACCCAGUCAGCAAAUUCGUCCCGAGCGACGUACCGAUUGAAAAGUUGGCUCUGCUGGGAGCCGCUACUGAUUGGCUUGAUGGUCUUAAUAAGCAUCUUGACACAUGGGACACCCAUUUCUACAUGGGCGAAUUCCGGAGUCUGUGUGUUAAGGAGAAGAUGAACGAACUCAGGUGGCCUUCUCGCGAUUACGUUGUCCAGAUUGCGCGAUUCGAUCCGUCGAAGGGCAUCCCGAACGUCAUCGAUUCAUAUGUUCGUUUCCGUAAACUGCUCAAAGAAAGUGGAAAGGUGGCAGAAGACGAGAUGCCGCAGCUUUUGAUCUGUGGCCACGGUGCCGUCGAUGAUCCCGAUGCCAGUAUCAUUUACGACCAAGUUAUGAAUUUGAUCAACUCCGACCAUUACAGGGACUAUUCCAAAGAUAUGGUUGUCAUGAGACUGCCCCCCAGCGAUCAGCUCCUGAAUGCUCUUAUGGCGAAUGCCAAGAUCGCCCUGCAGCUUUCGCUCCGCGAGGGCUUCGAGGUCAAGGUUUCGGAAGCAUUACACGCUGGUAUUCCUGUCGUUGCCUCUCGAACUGGUGGUAUCCCACUACAGAUCGAGCAUGGGAAGUCCGGCUAUCUCACAGAUGUGGGCGAUAACGAUGCAGUUGCGAAGUAUCUAUACGAGCUUUACACAGAUGCUGAUCUGUACAAGGCGAUGUGCAAGUACGCAGCCACCCAUGUAUCAGACGAGGUGGGCACAGUAGGGAAUGCUGCAUCCUGGAUGUACCUGGCUGUCAUGUAUAAUCGUGGCGUCAAGAUCCAACCCAAAGGCGCUUGGUUGAACGACAUGUUGAGAGAGGAGACGGGUGAAUUGUAUGUUGAGGGUGAGCCGAAAUUGCCCCGUGGUGGUUUGGAUAUGCAGGGCUGA